GAUAGAUACCACGGGCUGCUGCCGCUGAGUGGUAGAGAUAUGUCACUGCAAUAUCCUUCUCGCGAUUAACUCCUUUAACAAAACAUCUUACCGAAAAAAAAAAUGUACAGCACACUUGUUGAAUGGUCCAGGAUAUGAUAUUCGCUGCAGAAUUGUUUAUUGUAGGCCUACUUGCUGCAACCUAAAUCUGCGCACCCAACGUGUCCAGGAGAAGCUUAAAUAGUGUCGUGCUUUGAACCUACGAGCCAACUGGCCCUGGAGUGUUUUUCCUAGUAGAAGGAAUGUACGGCAUUCUAGCCUUGACUUACUGGCUAUCAGAGUGGGGUUUUAUUUUAUUCUUCGAGGCUAAGGAACUAAAGACAGAGGUGGUGAAAUGCAACAAGUGUUACAAGUUCAUGAAAAUAUAAUGGUGUCAAAACCUGUACUUGGACUCUUUUUCUGGGUCACUCUGGGGACUUUAUGUUUUCAGGAUCUUUUAGAAGGUGUGUCUGGUGCCAUUCAUGGCGGCCUUGCUUCCCAGGGCUUGGACCAAUCCAUUAAUGAUGCAAACCUGAUGUUUGAGUCCUUAUUGAGGGGAAUAAAGAUCGACAAAGACAACAACAUCUACCUGCUGGACCUGGAGAUGGCAUCUAUGAGGCAGGGACGGGCUUUUCUGGCUCGGAUCAACGACAACAUCCCCAAAACUCUCCCUUCCAUGGACCAGAUGGUGAAGGCUCUGGAGGACCAGACACUCACACUCCGUCUGGCUGCAUCCCAGUUUGAGAGCCUCGUCCUGGGCAUGGUGUACUCUGCUCACCAGGCUAAGCUCCAGGAGAGGGACGAGGACCAGGAGAAAUGGAGUGAUGUUAUGUUCCGCCUGGCUAAUAUUACUAUAAGCGAGCUGCGAAGACCAGAUCCCAUCACAACAAACAUUUAGAUUUCAAAACAUAUUCUUAAUUAGCCUGGGACUACAUCUCUUCAAAUAAUGUCUUGCUAAAUACCAUGAGUCUAGAAGACAGGAGUUGACAAAACGAGAGGUCUGGGUCCAGGCUAACUGUUCAUCAACUAAGAAAGAAACAAUAACCAGUCAAGUUCAAUAGUUUAUAGUUGUGUACUUUUUUUACAGUUUACAAAAGUGUGAACACAUUAACAAUUUAACCCAGUUAGAAAAAUAGAAAACCUAACCUGUAUCUUUGAGACACUAUGGAAUGUUACAGUGACUGACCUGCAAACGGGUCUAUGUGGUGUCCCUGUACAGUAUAGCCACUGACAUACAUUAUAACGUGUCUAUGUGGUGUCCCUGUAGAGUAUAACCACUGACAUACAUUAUAUGUGUCUAUGUGGUGUCCCUGUACAGUAUAACCACUGACAUACAUUAUAACGUGUCUAUGCGGUGUCCCUGUACAGUAUAACCACUGACAUACAUUAUAACGUGUCUAUGCGGUGUCCCUGUACAGUAUAACCACUGACAUACAUUAUAACGUGUCUAUGCGGUGUCCCUGUACAGUAUAACCACUGACAUUCAUUAUAAUGCUUCAAUAAAAAACCUGAUUUGAACCACAA